AUGUUAAAAUCAAUGAUAUUUUGUAGGGAAUGCUUAUGCUUUUUAUUCAAAGUAAUGAUUUGUUACUCAAUGAAUAGAUAUAUUGUAAAGUCAUUGUGUUCAUCUACAAACAAACAUUUAUUUGGAUAUCGUUCAAUUCUGUUUGGUAAUACAGCAAGCACUGUUGUUGGUGGAAAAUCGACAACAAUCUUUAGUAGAAGAUCUUAUUGUAACAACCAUAACAAUAGCAAUAUUAGUAAUAGUAAUAGUAAUGAAUUGACAACAACCAGUAACAACAACAAUGAUACAUCCAUUUCAAUAGCACAGAGAUUUCAAGAUUCAUUGUUGCCAGCUGACAUUUCAAAGCAGGCAAGAAUCAACAUGAGAUCACCCAAAGUCGAUAAAUACAUUCAUCAGGCAUACGACGAAGCACAUCAAGCAUUCGACAGAGGUGACUAUGAAACUGCACUCAAGAAAUACUAUUGGAUCAUUGGUAAACUGCCAUACGACACCACUGCCUAUCUCCAGCGUUCACUCGUCUACGAAGCAAUCGGUAGAUUCGACGAUGCAAUCGAAGAUUGUAAUACUGUUAUUAAAAUGUCAAAUCAAUCCGAUUCAUUAGCAGAAGGUCAUAUGAUUAAAGGUGUAAAUUUAAUGAGAAAACAAAAGUUUAAUGAAGCAAUUGCAUCGUUCGAUUUAAGUUUGGGAUUGGUCGAGAAUGAAGUUGUAUUUGGUUUGAAAAAGAAAGCAUUGACAUUGGCCAAUCCAGAUACUAUUAUUGUUCCAAGAUUCGAUGAUGAUUAUCAAUUUUAUGAAUAUCUUAGCAGAGAAAUGGAAGGAUUAGUACAGAUUAAACUAUCGAAUAUACAUGGUCGUGGUUUGUUUGCAACCAGAGAUAUCGGUGCUGAAGAAUUAGUAUUUGAAACAAGAUCUGUUGUUAGUACUUCAUCUGCACAACUUAAAGAAGAUGAUCAACAUUGUCAUAAUUGUCAUAUUGCAUUUAAACCGGUGGAGAUUGAGAAUGAACAAGAGAUUUCAAAGUCUAGAGAAUUCAAUCGUUUGGCACAAACUAUUACGAGAAUGACUAGAUUGCCGGUCGGUAGAAUUAUCCCAGAGGGAUGCACUCAAUGUAACACAACAUUGUUUUGCAGUCCAGAGUGUAAGGAAGACGGUAUUCACAAGCACAAUUCACUAUGCUCUUCAAACAUUCUCACUCGUGCACAACUGGACAAGUUUGAGAGAGAACUGACCGGUUUGACACAAACCGAGCGUGUUGGAUACACUAUGCUUCUCAAGUUGAUGGCAUCGCAAUCGGUCAAUGGCGAUCCAAACCAACCACUCAGACAACUGGAGUUGGACGACUUUGUCAAGCGUCUCUCCUAUGCCAUGCCAGCCAGCGAAACCGUUCAACUAUCUCGCAAAGACAACAGAGUAUUCAAGACACUAAAAGAUAUAUUCCAUACUCUGACACCAGAGAUAUUCUAUAGAUUAAAAUCAAUUGUUACUUUGAAUCAAACACAAAUGUUUACCAGUAAGAUUAAAGUACAUUGUACACCUGCACCAAUGGAUGAAUUGGGUUACAAUUUCGAAUUUGAAGACAAGGUGUCAAAGUAUAUCAAUACCAUUCCGCUACAUCUAAGUUUUAUGAAUCACUCUUGUGAUUCCAAUGUCUUUAUUGCAUCGCCAGUAAUCAAUGACAAACAGAUUAGAAUAGUAUCGAAGCGACCAAUCAAGAAGGGUGAGGAAAUCUUGAUCUCUUAUAUCGACGGUAUGCAACUUACCACCGAAAACCGUCAAGAGAUGUUGGGAGAGUCCUACGGAUUCCAAUGUACCUGUCCACUUUGUAGAUCGAAUACAACCAUCCCAACACUUAAUAAAAUUCAAUAA